UUCGCUUGUGGACUGGUUGUUGCGAGAGAGGUGAAGAAAAGAGUGAAGCUUUGGAAAUGGAGAAGUACUUUGGAAAUGCGUAUAGAGGUGACCCGGGAGUGCCCCAUGCCAGUGCGGACCGGUUCGUGAAUAUAUGGAUAGGGUCGGCUGCUUUCUCUGUACUCACUUGGUUCAACCCUUACAUGUGGCAGCUCUCAAACCAAUUCAAUUGGCAUGACAGAGCAAUGAUAUUCGAACACUACCAUUGGAAGAAAGCAAAGGCAAAGAAUCAACCAUACAAAUUCAAGUGGAAUGAGUACAUGGACAAGGAUCUCAGAGACUCCUACUACUACAAUUGGCCCGUCUACUUCCCUUAGUUCUUCAUUUGUGUAGGCAUGCUCUUUGAUAAGUAGUUUGCACAAAUAUUACUUCACCUGAUGAAAACUUUGUCUAUCUUGAUUGCU